AAAAGACAUUGACUUAAUAAACUAAUUUAAAAAGCAUCGUAUAUCACUUAAAUACAGGUACCAUCUCUUGAAGAGCUUUUUCAAGAAAGAUGCAUUUCCAAAACACUCAAGAUUCUUAAAGACAACCUGCACCCAAUUAAACCACUGUUACAUAAGAUCUGAACGAAGUCGUCGUCUCCUUUCUAUUAAGACUAAAACAGAUUUAAAAACUCCUUUAUUACACUAUCGGUCAGAGUGUUACAAGAUCAGCUCUCGUCAUCGAUAAGUACAUAAAAUUCAAAUUCAUAAAGCGCUGGUUGUGAAUGUGUAUGUGUUUUGUGUGUGAAUGUUGUUCGAAUUUUUUAUUUAUAUUGUGUUUGUACAGUAGUUACGCUGUGGUUGUCAAUUGUAGUCAAACUGAAUUUCCAUAAGAUUUGAUCAAUAAAAUUAUCAUAUCUUAAAUUACACUUUAGAUGGUAUAAACAUGAAGGUCAAGAAGUUAAACAAAUAUUUAUUCCUGAUUGCAUCUGUCACCAGCUUGUCGGACCUGUUUAUUUUACAUUGUCCGCCAGUGCAAGAACGUUCGACAGCUUUUAUAUCAAUAAUAACCACUGCAGUUAAUAAAUAUUUACAAUUAGAUUUUGUAAAGAACAAUCAACAAGUCAUGUCAUGUUCAUAUACAAUAUGUUUUGUCAACACUCGUAUGAAUGAUACAAAUAUUAGUUGUAAGAUAGAAGCAUCGUUAGACAAGAUUAUCUUCACAAUGGAACUAUCAACACACUUAAACUGGAGAGAGAAACAAGAGUCAGCUGUUGGAGAGUGGAAGGCUUAUUCAGUACCGAAGAAACAUCAAACGACUUGCGACUUGAGAGCAUAUGCAAUCUAUGGAGAACCAGAAUGUUUGUGGGACGAUGUCAAAGUAACAUGUUUUAUACACAAAGUUUAUCCCAAGGCAAUAUGUAAAUUUAAUUUUACAAAUAUUGACGCUGGUGAUUUGGAUGGAGAUGUAUUGUAUCAACAUGUAGACAUUGAGAAUGGAAUGUAUUACAACACUACGUGUACAUAUUGGACUAGUCCAUUUAAUGAAAAUCAUAUUGUAACUGUAACAAUCUACCCAAAUGGUACUGGUAUAAAACAUGGGAAGACAACAACUUCAUAUUUUUUUGGUAAUUUUUACACUUUUAGAGGUCACACGAGUAUAAAAGACGCUAUUAGAUUUGCAUGGUCUUUUCAGCCAGGUCAUGUUUAUGAAUAUGUUACAUAUCAACAUGUGGGACCACCAAAUGGAACAUACUACAAAACAUCCUGCACAUACUGGAGUAUACCAGUCAAGGAAAAACAUUCUGUCACUGUGACAGUCUACCCAAACGUUACUGGCAACUUAACUGACAUGCAAGUUGGGAAGACGAAAACUUUAGUCUUAUUUGCAUGCUUAGUUUGCUUUGACGACCUCCAUUUUGAGGCUUUGUCUGGGAGGUGGUAUCUGUGA